GGAGGGAGGCAUUCACACCUGACAACACCCGAAUCCUCUCACCCCUCCGACCCAAACCAGCCCCAGACACCACCAUGUCCGGCUCCUGCUGCGGCUCCACCUGCUCCUCCCUGGGCUGCGGGGGAGGCUGCUGCCAGCCCUGCUGCUGCCGCGACCCCUGCUGCUGCCGCCCCGUGAGCUGCCAGACCACCGUGUGCCGCCCCGUGACCUGCACCUGCCGCUGCACGCGCCCCAUCUGCGAGCCCUGCCGCCGCCCCGUCUGCUGUGACCCCUGCUCCCUGCAGGAGGGCUGCUGCCGCCCCAUCAGCUGCUGCCCCACGUCCUGCACGGCCGUGGUCUGCCGCCCCUGCUGCUGGGCCUCCACCUGCUGCCAGCCCAUCUCUGUGCAGGCGCCCUGCUGCCGCCCCCCCUGCUGCCAGCCUGCCCCCUGCCGCACCACCUGCAGGACCUCCUGCUGCUACUAAGUGCACAGUCUAGAACAAGCAAUCAACCUUCUGAAAGAGUCAUACUCCUUUCUCUACCUAAGAAACCUCCUGCCCUAAACCAUCAAGACCCCAAGUCAACCAGGGUUUGAAUGGAGAUCCAGCCUUACCUAUUAAGACUUGGGGUGUUCUCAAGUCUUUGUAACAGUAUCAACUCCCUUCUUCCCAUCUUAGAUCUUAGGUCUUGUGGCAUGUUUGUUUUCUAAUAAACUUCUCUUCUUUGGCCUAGCAAACCCA